CAUCGUACGCUCCUCCCUCCUAAUGACCAUUUUCUAGUCCUUACACUGUCGUCUGAAUAUUUUUGUGUUUGUGCCGGAGGAAGGUCGUCAUCCACAGAAUAAUUUAUUAUUGCUGUACAGAUUCGAGUGACCAAGUAGUGUUCGUAUCUUAUAGCAUAACACAUUUUGACUGUACCAUAAAGUACAUUGUGUAAAAUAUUUAUCUAGUGUUGCAUUUAGAGGUAAAACCGAUCGGAUUGCGGUUGUAUUCAACACAAUGUCUUACAAUACAAGGCGCACAGGAGGUGGUCGAGGUGCCCCACCAACACAGGUGAACUACCAUCAGCAGCCUAACAGGACUGGUGGGGGUGGACCGCAACAAUCUCGUAACCCCGGCUAUUCUACCACACCCAACAGCCAGACAACGUACAAUAGCUCAUCGCAACCAGCCUACACAACGCAGACCACCUUCAGCACGGCACCUCCUCCGACGACACAAACCAAACCUCAGCCUCCAGCAGCGGCCCAGCCCCCGCUACCCGCCCAGACACCCGCCACGCCCCAGACGCCCACCACACCUCAGCCGCAGGUGAAGCAGGAACCUCCCACCCCUACGGACACGCCCAAGACGGAGACCUCCACCACUUCCACUUCAGAGAACGGGGACGGGCCAAAGCCUUUCUGGAAGAAGAAACCAUUCGUAAAGGUCUCCAAUAAAGUGAGGAAAGCUCGUCAGAACGCCAAGUUACGUCGAAUCCUGAACCCCAAGAAUGCUCUCACAUUCCUCAAUGAGCUGAGACCGGGUGGAGUGAAGUUCGUAAUCCGGGAAGAGCCGGGAUGGGGGUUUGUUGCCUCAGUUGAAAUUGACGGCAAAACAUUUUCCGGUAAUGCAUUGACAGUAUCUAAGGCCAAAGUACAGGCGUCGGAGCAAGCACUCAAACAUGUCCUCUUGGAACAGCUCUCCAAGUCCCAGACAGCUGCUCCUCCGACCAUUGAGAAGAAAGAAAUUGAAGAAAAAGAGGAACAGGAAGACGAGGAAAUGGAAACAAAUGAUAAGGAAGAGUCGGGAGAACCAAAGAGCAAGAGGAGCAAGAUGGACCAACCUGAAGACGACCUGCCGUGGGGUAGUUUAGCUGCAUUUGCUCUCCACAAGCUGUUUGCCGAGUGGCAGAAAGAAGGAGCGGAGCCUCACCCACCACCACAGGACAAGUACGAUGAAGAGAUGGCCGAUGAAACUUACUUCACGAGGAGGCCGGGACCACCAGAAUUCGGCUACCCAAGGAGGUUUGCCCCUGGCGGACCGUUUAGAGGUAGAGGGUAUGCCCCUUAUCCCCCCAGGGGUGUCCCUCCACCUCCAGGCUUUGGUCCCAUGGCAAGGCGACCUCCCCCACCUCCUGCCGCCACCUUCCUGCAAGGAGCCCCCAAGCCUGCCCUACCCCUCCCCACAGCAGUGUCGUCGAUGAUGCCCAUGAAGAAGAUCCCAGAAGAUGCCAACAAACGGCACCCUGUGAUGAUACUGAACCAGCUGAAGCCAAAUGUAAUCUAUAACGAGUCCCGAGAAGGCCAACCUCCCCACGUAAUGUUCAUCAUCUCUGUUGAAAUCGACGGGAAAGAAUACACAGGAAAAGGGAAAAGCAAGAAAGAUGCGAAGAAGAAUGCUGCAAAAGCUGCAUUAGCUCCAUUAGGAAUCAUUUACGAAGAAGACAACUAGGAUUAGUUACACUGAACAGUAUUUUCUCAUGUCUAUCAAAUAUCACUGAUGUAUUGACCCUUUAGAUGCAGUUGGUGUGUAAGCUAUUGUGUUCAUAUUUCAGCACCCAAUUUGCAAAUGCUUAAAUAUGUAUUUCAAAACUCCCAUAUUCGUCCUCGGGAACCUAAUAGUCGGACAUUUUGUGAUCAAUUUUUUAUGAUUUUUACGUGUCUAAGACAGUUAUGGAUUUUUAUUUUAUUUUAUUAAGAUAUAUCUAUGUUAAAGAUUGUACUUUUCUGCAAACAAUGAUGAAAUUAAUAUUUCACUAUAUAAAAAUGUUAUGUAAAAAGGUACUAAUAAUUCUUGUGAGAAUUGACUUAUAAGUUUGUGUUUUGUCAUAUCAGUACAUGGUUUUUUUUUUAAUUUUACAUCAAGAAGAUGAUAUGAUUCUGCUAUGUGUAGUUGUACAAAAUAAAUACUACUGCUAAACCAA